CUCAACUACCCCUGUCUUCGAUUCUCACUAAACUUCAAUUUGCGGCGGAGAAAUUCAGCGCCGCUGCCGGAAAACAUGUGCCCUACCAAGCAGAAAGAGAACCAGAAGCUCGCCGGAAACCGCUCCGCCGCGGCGGCGGCGGUUUGCCGGGACUGGAAGGAAGAAGCGAUUAGCGGAGGAUCGUUGAAGCGCGUGGAUUUGAACAACGGAUCCAACGGCUGGGCGUCGCCUCCGGGAGACCUUUUCCAUCUGCGUGCGCCGAACUAUUUUGCUAAAAAGACGAAAGUGCCCUCGGGGGAAUGGCUUCUGGAACCGGCUGGGGUGGACUGGCUCCGAUCCAGCUCGAAGCUAGACCACGUCCUGGCCCGUCCCGACAACCGUGUCAUGCACGCGCUGCGGAGAGCGCAGUCGCAGGGGAAGUCUCGCAAGACGUUCGUGCUCGCCGUGAACCUCCAGGUCCCGGGGCGUGAGCACCACAGCGCGGUGUUCUACUUCGCCACGCGCGACGACGCGCCGCUCGAGCCAGGAUCGCUGCUCUACAGGUUCGUCAACGGCGACGACGCGUACCGAAAUAGCCGGUUCAAGAUCGUGAACCGGAUCGUUAAAGGUCCGUGGAUCGUCAAAGCCGCCGUCGGAAACUACUCCGCCUGUAUCCUCGGCAGAGCUCUCAAUUGCUACUAUCACCGAGGCCCUAACUACCUAGAAAUCGACGUCGAUAACAGCAGCUCCGCCAUAGCCAGCGCGAUCCUCCACCUUGCCCUAGGCUACGUCAGAUCUGUCACAAUCGACAUGGGAUUCCUAGUCGAAUCGCAGUCGGAGGAGGAGCUGCCGGAAAAGCUGUUCGGCGCAGUCCGAAUCUGUCAAAUGGAGAUGAGCUCCGCCGCCUACGUGGACUCGACGUCGCCGGCCAAAGUAUCUCCCGCUGGCCACUUUCAGAGCAGCAGUCGCGUGCAGGCCGAAGACGACGGUGAUUCCGAGGCCGAAUAAUUCAGCGUAAAAUUGGAAAAUCUAAUUUUCUUUUUCUUUUUUUGUUCCUUUAAUUAUUAUUAUUAUUAUAUUAUUAUUAUGAUUAUUAUAAAUUCAAUCAAAUUUCACCAUGUCAGUCGGUGAAUCAUUUGUAGA